ACCAGCACAACCAUGGGCAAGCUGCUAGCAUCACUGGUAUUGGCUGUGGCCGUGUUAGCCAUGAUCGCCGAACUAACUAGUGCACAAUGUUGCACUAGCGGCAACUGUGGCUACUACAACUUCAACGCCCAAUCAGGAUUCUCUCAAGGGGGCAGCUGCCAAUCAGGAUGCUCUCAGGGUGGCGGCUGCCAAUCAGGAAGCACUUCGACGGGCGGCUGCCAAUCGUGUCAGAGUGGUCAGCAGACGGGCAGUUCCUGUCCCACGCAAACUUACAACAUCGUGAUUCCUUCUGGGGGUUCUGUGACGGUGUCUCAGGCGUGCAACCCCUCUAUGGCCUCACCCUCCACCACCCCCUCUUGUACAGCAGCGCAAACUCCAGCUCAAGGGCAAUCAUAAAUGACGAACCCUCAUCUAUCAUGACUCAUGAUCACAACAUAU